CCUAUAAAAUUUACAAAUAAAGCGUCAAAAUAUAAAAUAUAAACAAAAUUAUUUCUAAUUUAUUUUAUAGUACAUAUCAAUACAAUAAGUUUUUAUGAAGAAAAUUGAAUUUAAUUUUUAAACAUAAUCAGAAUGGCUACACCCUUGCCUCUGUAUCAAUGCAGAUUAUGUUUAAAUAAAACUUCAAGUAGAGUUAACGUAUUUGGUGGAGAUUUUCCCGGAAUGUUAGAGGUUUUAACAUCCAUAAAGGUUCAUGAAGAGGAUGGCUUGCCAAAAUAUAGUUGUACAAAAUGUGCAAAAGAUGUUCUCUUGGCUUUGAUGGUCAAGAGACGUAUUAUAAAGGCACACCAGUUUCUAUUAGAAGCUCUAGAAAACAAGAGGGCAAUAUUUGAAACAAUAGAUACAACCCCUAUUGUUAAUACAGUCGAAUCUUCAGUACCAAAAAAGACAAAAACCGCUAAGCAAAAAAUAGUUUCUAAAAAAUCUAAACCAAUAAUAAAACAAAAUCAAACCCAACCAAAUUCAAAAUUAGUUGAAAACUCAAAUGAGGCAACAACAGAAGAAGAUGCAAAUGAAGGAAAUGUAAAACAUGAUAUAAGUACUGAAGGAGCAGAAAAAACGAAUCAACCAAACACACAAAAAGAAAAAAAGAAAUCACUAGAUCAAGAUGUACAAAAGAUACUUGGUGAAGUCCAGAAACGUAUUGGGAAUACUGGCUUUACUUGUAAAACAUGUAAUUUAAGUUUUUCAGAUAAAAAGUCGUUCAAUCUGCACAAACGAACACACGGAAAAAGCCAAUGUCAUAUUUGCGGCCGAAACAUUACAAAAUCCAAUAUGUCGAAACACGUCAGGAUGCAUACAGCAGGUCCAGAAACGUGCACUAUUUGUGGAACCACAUUCAAAAAUUUUAACGGUUUGAGAUGUCACAACUUACAUUAUCAUAAGCAUACCGCUCAACAGUACAUUUGUGAAGAAUGUGGUAAAACUUUUCGAGUAAAAUAUAAGUUCUUGUUGCAUAAGAAAAAGGUUCAUGGAGGUGUAAGGAACUUUAAAUGCAGUACUUGUGGAAAAGCUUUCUUUACCAAUUUCACUUUAGCAAAACAUGUUCGAAUGACUCACGAAAAAAUGAGACCUCAUAUUUGUGAAUAUUGUGGUACUGGCUUUUCGUCUGAGUAUGCUUUAAUGACUCAUAAAAGACAGCAUACCAAUGAAAAACCGUUCGUUUGUGAGCACUGUUUAGAAGGGUUUAGACAGCGGGUUUCAUUACGGUCCCAUUUGAAAUCAAAACAUGGAAUAGAGGAAGCCAAGAACUUCUUUUGUAAAACUUGUGAGAAAGGUUUCGCUACAAAUUGGGCUUUGAGUAUACAUCAAAGGUCACACGAAACUACGAAGUGUGAAAUUUGUUCAGAAAAUUUUGCUGGAGAUGAAUAUCUGACAAAGCAUCUUAAAGAAGUUCAUCAAGUAGAAGUAGAAAUGAAAAAAGAUAAUUAAAAUUAUUUUUUGGUUUAUAAUAUGUCCAGUAUGUCUUGAAUUUUCCAUUUCCUUGCAUUAUUCGUAUGUGCCUUAUCCCUAAGAGGUUAACAAAAGUAAUAAAAUAUUUACAAAAAAUACAGUUUUAUAGCACUAUAAAUAUUAUUUGAUAUGAUCAAAGUUAAACAAUAAGGAUCACAUGCAAUUUUCCUCUAGCUGUCAUAUUUUAAAUUUAAAUCAAAUACAGUAUGUCCCUGUAAGUUGUAUCCAUGAUACAAAGAAUUUCCCCAUUUACUCGAUAAUUUUACUCAACACUUAUCUUCAUCUGACCUCACUUUAGACAUAGCUUAGAUACUUUUAUCCAAUUUUAUUAAUUUUUCUUUGCCCUAGAUGUUAUUUUACAUAAAAGGACAGAAUAAAGAAAUUUGGACUAAGCUUUAAAACAACCUUUUCAUUCAUUUAUAUUUGUGUUGAUGAAUCCAUCUAUAUCCAUUAACUAUAAACAAGUUUUUGCAUUUACAACAUUCCUCAGCAUUUGAUAUCACAACCCCUAUUCACUUGUCCCAUCUUCAUGCAGCCAGUUUUAUCAACCAUCAUUUGUGUUGGGUCACAAAUAUUAAUUAUCUAUUUUUAACACAAACCACAAAACAUACUUCCUGUAUUUUGGUUUGCCUAUCUUUACUUCAUCAAUUUAUGUACACCUCAUUGAUGAUUAUGGAUUUUCAAAUUCGCCCAUGCUUUUGUAAAUCUUAGAUAAUUUAUUCUCACUAAGUUCUUGUAAUUUUAUAAUUAAAACACACUGAUGUUAGCUGUUAUCAUUGCUUGUACCAUAAACAACUUUAAAUUUAGUAGCUGCGUAACCAACAUUUCAUAAAACUUCAAUCAUUGGCAAUUGUCGUCCUGACAUCAGACAGAUUCGCUUUUGAAGUCUCAUCUCUUAGUUGCCUGUCACAUCUUGUAACAUAAUGACCUAUUUACCUUUUGACCCACUUACCACGUGUGGGAGUCAUAUGUUGCCCUAGAGCCGUAUCCUUACGAAUUUUAUCCAUCCUUUGGAUUUUUCGAUGCUUGCAUUUAUAUAAGACUUUUGUCUGUUUUUUGAAAGGCUUUGACCUUUGUAUUUUUUUGGUUGGCUCACCAUGUUCUUGUAAGUAUAACCAAACUUUGCUUUCACCUUGGUCAUCAUUUUACCUUUAACAUUUUGCUUUAAUUAAUACGCUUAUACUUAUUUUAGGGUAACAUUGAUGAUGCUCUUAUUACAGAGCGAAAACGUUUUGUUUCUAUGUUUGUAGCCCUAUAGGACUUUUUAAACUAAUAUACCUUUUACCAAGGAAAAACAUUUUUUAUUAAAUUCUACUUUGCUGCUACAAAGAAUAUACGGAGAUCAUGAAUCCCUAACAUUACUACCAGAACAUCAGUUUGAUUUUCGGGAAAAUCACACUACUACACAACAAGUACAUCGAAUAGUAAAUGAAAUAUCAAAAACUCUCGAAGAAAAGAAAUACUGCAACGCUGUAUUCCUAGAUAUCUCGCAAGCGUUUGACAAAGUUUGGCACAGAGGUCUGCUUUACAAAGUAAAAUUAGCACUAUCUAGUAACUAUUUCCUCCUAAUCAAAUCCUACUUAUCAAAUAGAUAUUUCUCAGUAAAAUUCAAAGACUAACAAUCCAGCCUCUGUCCUAUUAACCCCGGAGUUCAGCAAGGUAGUGUUCUCGGGCCGCUACUAUUCUCACUCUACACAGCCGACAUACCAGAGUCUCAUAAUACUUCGAUUGCUUCCUUUGCUGAUGUCGUAGCAAUACUUGCUGUAAAUAAAGAUCACAUACAAGCCUCACAAGACCUGCAACACUAUCUGGACAUACUCAGUGAAUGGUACACAAAAUGGCGAACAAAAGUAAACAAAACAAAAUCAUCUCAAAUAACAUUUACCAACCGCCAGAACACAUGCCCACCUGUAAGAAUGGAAAAUGAACGAAUACCAACAGUAACAGACGUUAAAUACCUUGGCCUCCAUCUUGACCAACUUGGAAAAAACAUAUCCAGACCAAAAGAAGACAACUAGACUUGAAAUUCCGGCAAAUGUAUUGGCUCCUUGAACGCAGAUCAAAACUCAACAUCCAAAACAAAAUUCUUCUGUACAAAGCAAUACUCAAACCUAUUUGGUACUACGGACUACACCUCUGGGGCUGUGCAAAGUCAACAUCACUGAAUAUCAUCCAAAGAUUUCAGUCUAAAGUUCUAAGAUCAAUAGUAGAUGCACCAUGGUACGUAACUAUCAAACACUUCACGAAGACUUAAAUAUACCUUUCAUCAGAGAAGAAAUCCAUCGAGCCACGGAGUCACAAAAUGAGCGUACCAUUCACCAUGCCAAUGAGUUAAUAAGGGAAUUAUUCCAUAAUGGCCCUGCCACAAGGAGACUAGAUAGAACCUGUCCUCAGGACCUAUUUUAACACUUAAACAUAAAUAGAAUAAGGUGAGACAUCAUUGGAAGUCUCUUCUCCUUGUCCAAAAACAUGGAACAAAUUUACUUAAUACACUUU